AUGGGACCGACAUCACUGUCAACUUUAUUUCCGCUUUCUGUUGUCCUUCUCAUUCCACUCUUUUUCCUCGUCUAUCAACACAGCCUCAACCGACGCUCAAGUUCAGGUCUCCCUCCGGGACCAACUGGCCGUCCCUUUAUCGGUCCGCUACGGGAUAUUCAAAACCGGGAUGUUCCUAUGUGGAUUCUCUAUUCGAAUUGGGCCAAGGAGUAUGGCGAUCGGGAAGAAAAGGUCAUUUCGUAUCGGGUAUUGGGAAAGACAACUGUAGUACUUGGGUCGUAUAAGGCUGUGAAUGAGUUGUUGGAGAGGAGGAGCGGGAAUUAUUCAGAUAGACCUGAAUUUCAUAUGUUGAUCGGAUUGAUGAGGUAUGGAUGGAAUAUGGGAUUCAUGAGGUACUCGGACUGGUGGAGACAACACCGAAAGACCUUUCACCGCUCCUUUCAACCGAGCGUCGUACCGGAAUACUACGAUAUUCAGAGGGAACAAACUGUUUCCUUGAUGCGCAAGUUGGCGAGGCCGAGUUCGGAAGGGGAAUUUUUUGGGCUUGUUAGACACCACGCAGCGUCCAUCAUCCUAAAAAUCAUCUAUGGAUAUACACUCCAAGAAGAUUCGACGAACGACCCAUACAUACAGAUGGCGGAUCGGACGGCCCAAGGAUUGAAACAGGCGGGAGUCUUGGGGAAUUUCCUGGUGGAUUAUUUGCCUUGGUUGAGAUGGGUUCCAGAGUGGCUACCCGGGGGGUCGUUUAAAACAAAAGGAGAAUCAUGGGCGAAGAAUAACGAUGCGCUGAGGGAGGUUCCGUGGCAGUGGGUAAAGAAGGCUAUGGACGAAGGAACGGCAGAACGCUCCUUCGUGACCCGGUGUUUGGAAGAGAUUGAGAAGGACUCAGAGGAGGUUAUCAAAAACUGUGCGGCUGUUGCGUUCCUUGGUGGUGCCGAUACAACAGUAUCUGCGGUACUUUCGUUCAUACUCGCCAUGACGCUUCAUCCGGACAUUCAAAAGAGGGCGAGGGAGGAGGUAGACCGUGUGUGUGCCGGGAGAGUGCCUGACUUUAGUGACAGAUAUAGUUCUGGGGGCGAGGACGGGUUUGCAACGAACUUGACGCCAAAAAUGCCAUUCGUGGAGGCGGUUUUGAAGGAGGUGUUGAGGUGGCAUCCGGUAGCUCCGUUAGCUGCGGCGAGAAGAAGCGUGAAAGAUGACGUGUACAAGGGGUAUUUCAUUCCUGCUGGAUCAACGGUCAUUGGUAGUGCUUGGGCGGUAUUACACGAUGAACAACUCUAUGGAUCUCAUACGGAGAGGUUUAACCCGGACAGAUUCUUAUCGAAGACUUUUCAGGGACCACCGCCGGAGGAUUUCGCAUUUGGGUUUGGGAGGAGGGUCUGCCCGGGAAGAUUCCUGGGAAUAAAUACCUUGUGGAUUGUGUUCGUAUAUUUGCUGACGACGCUUGAGAUGUGUCCGGGAGAAGGAUUUGAGGGGUUUGAUGGAGUAGAGGAGAACGGGAAAGACAGGUUCAGGGAUGGGUUGUUGAGCCACCCGUACCCGUUCAAAUGUCAGUUUGUACCUAGAAAUACGGGAGUAGCGAGGAUGAUUCUGGGGCUUUGACGCCGUCGGAAAGGGAUUGGAGUGUAAAAUCUGUGUUCUGUAACAAUACUAAUUUAUUUUGAACACGACUAGUCGUCCAGUAGGUGCUUCGCUU